UCUCUCUCUAUUCUCUAUUACUAAUUCCCUCAAAACAUAUCUCUUUGACUCCUUCUUUACCCUCGCCGCCCUUUUCGUCCUUCUCCACUCCUCUAAAACCCCAUGACUUAGAAACAAACUUUUCUUCAAAUCUAAGCUUGUUUCUACACACUAUAUAUAAGCAAAACUUUACGUCCAACGUAUCACUCCCUCGCCGGAAAAUCAAGAAUGGCCUCUAAAUGCAUAUCCAAUUGCGUUAACAACGCUAGAGCUCCUGUACGUGCCACGUAUAUAAAUCUUUAUAAAUGGCCUGAAUCCGACGCCGAGUUUAUAAGAUCAGUCAGCUCAAAAAUGCAAGGGAAAAACAAUAACAAUGGCCAUGGACAUGGACAUCAUCCUAAGGUGGUGGAUAGUAUUUCUUGUAGGCAAUUAUAUUUGAGGAGUUACACUUUUUCAAGGGAAGAAGAGAAUGUAAAUGAUGAGAAGAAAGCAGUAAAAUGCUAUGGUAAAAGAAAGACGAAAUUAGCUCGAGGGGAUGGCGGCGGCGGCGGUAGUUCAAGUGGUGGCCGGAGACGGACUAGAAGGAAAUGUAAAGGUUUUAGAAAGGCAAAGGAGAUAUCUUGCUCUGCUUUGGCUUCGAUUUUUCGGAGGUUAUUAUCUUGCACUACUAAGGUUGAUGUGGUUGGUUAAUUUACCCUUAGUUAUUUACUUUAAAGAUUAUAGAAUUUCCUUUUUUUUUCCCCAUAAGUCCUUUCAUUUUUUUUUUCCUACUUUGUGUUGAGUUUUUGUUUAUAUAGCAUCUUGAUCUCGUAAUUGAAUUUUAUUGUGGUAAUGUAUUUGUAAUGAAACUUUACAGGAAUGAUCACAUUUUUCGAAUGAUAGGGUUCAGUUGAACAAGGAGAUUCAG